AUGAACAUAGUUAAAGUGAGAUGUGGCCAUGCCAAGGCGGGAAUAACUAGGGCAUUAUCAUUCGCAUUGACAAUCGAUGAUUCCACAUCAAUCGAUUUGUUGGAAAUUCAUAUGACUCGGCUUACGGACGCCUGGUCUAAUUUCACAACUCACCAGGAUAGCUUGUAUGAAUUUUGCGAUGACGAAGCGUUUGUAGAUCCAGAGGAAGAGUUUGCCGAGUACGAAGAUAAGUACUGUCAGGCUUAUGCUUUAAUACAAAAUUCAAUUCGCAAUCUCUCAAAGUCUAGUUCUAUAACAGAUCAAUCGUUAGGUGAUACAUUAGCGUCUCAGCAAGCUUCAAUUCUAAAAAAAUUAGAUGCAAAUCAAGUUAACCCCAAAACUGUCAAAUUGCCAGAGUGUAAAAUUCCUACAUUUUAUGGUGAUUACAAAGACUGGCCUGGUUUCAGGGAUCUUUUUACUGGAACAAUUGAUCGUAACACUUCGAUUACUGCAACUCAAAAGUUUCAGUAUCUAAAAUCUUUUUUGGGUGGAGAUGCAGCAAACCUAAUUAAACAUAUUUCAUGUUCCGAGAAUAAUUAUUUAGAAGCGUGGGAUAAACUUGAGGCGCGGUUCGACAAGAAACAUUUAAUUAUUCAAUCGUUCAUACAAUCGUUUAUUUCGUUGCAAUCGUGUAGUUCUAACAACGUGCAGUCUCUUCGAAAACUGACAGAUGGGGCUGACGAGACCAUACGAGGUUUAAAGGCACUUGGUUCUGAGUCGAGAGAUCCUUGGCUUAUUUUUAUUUUGCUACAAAAAGUAGACCACGAAACAAAACAGGCAUGGGCAGAAGAAAUCGGUUCAAACGAUGAAUGUACUAUUAGCAAAUUUCUUGAAUUUUUGGAAAACCGCUGUAGCUGCCUUGAAUCAUGCUAUACGUUACCUGUAACUCGUUCUUCUAAAACAACCAACAAGGCUCAAAGUAGUGUUCGAACACACUUGGUGGAAACCAAAAUAGGGUGUCCCAAAUGUCAAGAAGACCAUCUUCUUCCUUCUUGUAAGGCAUUUAUGGGCUUAUCGGUGGAUGCACGCCGUAAAUUCGUUAAGGAAAAGUCUUUAUGCUUUAACUGUCUUCGAUCAGGUCAUCCUUCCAACAAAUGUCAUUCUAACUUUCGAUGUAAGAUGUGCUCUACUCGUCAUCACACUCUAGUACAUCCUAUACAAAACGCAAACACGUCACAUUCAAAUACAAGUUCUAAUCAGGAUGAAAAGCAAUCUCCUCCUUCUUCGUCACCACGACAGGAUACUAUUGAUCCCAUUGUAAUUAACCAUUCUCUUGAAGCCAAUCAUCAUACAAGUACUAUUCUUCCUACUGCUGUGGUUAGAACUCGUGAUAAGCAAGGAGUUUAUCAAAAUAUUCGUGUACUACUUGAUACAGGAUCCCAAGUUUCCUUCGUGACUGAACAAUGUGUUCAACGACUAGGGCUCUCUCGGAAACGAAUACGUAUUCCUAUUUUGGGAGUCGCAUCUACUUCGGCAGGUGUUACUAACGGUCUGGUAAACCUGACUAUACAUUCCACACAUGAUUCAAAUAAUAUUGACAUCGAUUGUUACGUCAUUACAAAGUUGACAUCGUUGCUUCCAUCAACUGAAAUAACAAAUAUCGAUUUCACUAAAAUAUUUUCCAUGAACCUAGCAGAUCCAGCCUUCAAUAUUCCUGGCCCAAUAGACAUUUUGAUUGGAUCAGAUAAAGUGUUUAGCAUUAUUAACGGACCAUCUGAAGCAAUAGUUACAGGGGGUCCUAAAUCAAUUCCGACUAUAUUCGGCUGGGUGAUAGCUGGAAGCUAUCAGCAGCAAGAUUCACGAGAUAAGGCAGUAAGGUCAUUUUGCACUCGAUUAGACUACUCGCAACAUGUCGAUUUGGAACGCUUUUUUCGACUAGAAGAGGUUAAUUAUGAACCAUUUCUAUCGGUUGAAGAGCAACAAGCUGAAGAGCAUUUUGCUUCAACACACAGACGUCAUGAAGAUGGAAAAUACAUGGUUGAGUUACCAUUUAAAAAUAAUGUUAUUCUUAAUGAAGAAGGUUCACUUCGGUUGGCAUUAAAUCGACUAUUUUCUAUCGAACGCAGAUUCUUAUCUGAUCCAAAUCUGAAAACAUCGUAUUCAAAAUUUAUGGAAGAAUAUAUAUCGCUUGGUCAUAUGGAAGAAAUUCCACCAAAUGAACUACAAAAAUCAACGCCACAUUAUUAUUUGCCACAUCACCCAGUUAUAAAAGAAGAUAGCACCACAACCAAGGUGCGCGUGGUGUUUGAUGGUUCUGCUAAACUGAAUCACAGCGGCACCUCGUCUUUGAAUGAAUCACUUCUCGUUGGCCCCACAAUUCAGCGGGACAUAUUUUCUAUCUGCCUAAGAUCUCGUCGUCAUUCAUAUACAAUUACAGGGGACAUCGAAAAGAUGUACCGCCAAAUCUGGAUUUCCCCUAAGCACACAAAUUUUCAGCGGAUUAUUUGGCGUGACAAUCCUGAAGACCCUAUUAAACAUUUUAAGCUUUUGACGGUAACGUAUGGUACUUCAGCUGCUCCUUUUUUGGCAGUACGAACUCUCAAACAACUCGCAUUAGACGUCGCUGAAAGUAACCCACGCGUUAGUUCGAUUAUUUUAAACGAUUUUUACGUUGAUGAUAUAAUAACCGGUGCUGACUGUGUUGACGAAUUGAUUUCUCUUCAAAAAGAACUGGUAGAUGUGCUCCAUAGCGCCGGUUUCAACCUUCGCAAAUGGACCACAAACUGCUGGCCUCUUCUACUAUCACUACCAGAAGAUCAACGACAGAUGUCGCCAAUUGAAUUCGAAGAUUCUAAUAUGGUUAAGGCUGAUGAUCUAAGAGUAUUUGCGUGGACAGAUUCCGCAAUCGUUUUGCAUUGGUUAUCUGCAACCCCCAAAAAAUGGUCUGUUUUCAUAGGCAAUCGAACAUCAGAAAUUUUAUCGUCAAUUCCUCGAAAAGCAUGGAAUCAUGUAAGGUCUGAAUGUAAUCCAGCUGACGUUGCAUCCCGUGGAAUCUCACCACAAACCUUAACGUCUUUUAGCAUGUGGUGGAAUGGUCCAGCUUGGCUCAGCAAAGAAUCUAGUGAAUGGCCACUAUCACAGUAUGGUAUACAAGAUAUAUGUGCAGAUCAAUUAGAGGAACGAAAUCAUCGCAAAGUCAUCUAA